UAAUAAAAUUUAAAAUUGCACCACUCAUAAAUAAGUUAUUAACAAGUUCGGCAAUAAAUAAUAAAAGUCUUUUCAUAAGACCGACUUAAGCAAGGAUUAAAAUAAGCAAUAAGAAAUAAAAUAAGAAAAUAACAAUAAUAAUAAUAUUAAUAAUAUAGUCAAUGCAAUUAUUUUACGUUUCUUGCAUAAACAAGGUAAAUUACAGAUUAAUUUACCAAUGCAGAAGCAUUUUGCUGGGCACUUGACAGUAGUCGCCACAGCAGGAGGAGUGGCUUGUUUUGUAGGCAACAGCAUUUUGAUUUAAAUACACAAGGAAACAAAAAAUUUAACAAAAGCUACUAAAAAUUAAAAUAAAAUUAAAACAAAAAAGAAAGAAAAUUUUCGUCUUUUUUGUUUUCGUUCAUGCGAAGAAGAGGUUUACACUUGAAUUGGAGGGCCCUAGCACUGCUGGGUGCCCUCCUUUCGAUUUUAAUCGACUGGCCUGGUUUAAUGGUUUAUGCAAUGCCAACAUUGUUUCGUAUGGCAACACCACAAGCAACAACAAUUACAACAACAACAAUCGAAGCAGUAGCCGCACUUGCAGAACAACAAGAUACAAUGCCAUUAAAUAUAAUACAGCACAAACAACACUUGGCACGUGAUGAUGAUUAUGAUGAUGAUAAUGACGCAGGCGAGGUAACUAAACCGCCACCGAAUUUGAAAAAUAUUCAACAAUUAAGUGAUAACAGUCCUAUUAAAUCUUUUAAUAAUGAAUAUGCUAGAGAUAACAAAGGCCACAAAACAAGAACUAUCAAUGUAACCCAUUUACCGAACUAUUUGCUACACAGUAGUGAUAAUAAUCACAACAACAAGAAUAAUAUUAAUAGUGGCAAUAAGGCUACGAAUGAAUUACAGCAACAUCAGAGUGACAACAAUAAAAUUAAUAAUUUUAUAAGAAAUGAUGAAAGUAGCGAACGAACGUUUUUACCAACUACUACUGCCAUAAUUGAUAAUAACAUAAAAACCUUUAAUAAUAAGGAAAUUAAUAAAAAUACUAAUGUUAAUAAUAAUGAUAACAAUCAAGUAACACUUUAUAAAAACCAGCAUCGCAUCGAUAAUAACAAAAACAAUUUUAAUAAUAGAGAUAUAGCAACAUCAUCGACAAGUUCAACAAGAGAUGCUGUUAGCGGAACGAAUGUUAUAUCUACAACAACAUCACCAUCAGCAGAAUUAAUCAAUAAUUUUAAAAAUUUUUUAUCAUUUAAAUUUUCAUCAUCACAUCACACAGCUAUAUUAUCACGUACCGUACGCAAUGCGCGUUCCCAAGAUCCAACAACAACAAUAACCUUAAAUAAUAAUAACAAAAACUCUAUACGCCGUACUAGUAGUCAAAGUAAUGGUGGUAAUAUAGUUCGUAGAUCAUCGGAUAAUAUUGGUAAUGGUGUUGUUGGCUUGAAAUCAAAAAGACUGAAUAAUUCUAGAAACAUAAACAAUAGCAACAAUAAACAACAACAAACAAGUAAUUUAGAUCGUAACGAACGAUCUACAAUAUCGCAUCUAUCAGGACCAGCACGUAAAAUACGAUUAUUUAUUAAGAAUCGUUUCCUGCAACUCAUGCCGGAUGGUACUGUGAAUGGUACGCUGAGUGAACAAAGUGAUUACACGAUUUUACAACGAACGACUGUUGAUGUUGGGCGCAUUAAAAUACAAGGCGUAGCUACGUGUUUAUAUUUGUGUAUGGAUCAAUGUGGUUCUGUUUAUGGCUCG